GUAUACGGUGAAUGCUAUUGAAGAGUCAUGAUCGAACUAACGGACCGUGCGACGUGUGGGAAAAGCAGCGCCCAAUUAUAUACCCCAUCGCACACGAACGCAUAAAUGAAAGCGCCACAAAAGUGCGGUAGAGGGCAUGGAAGGAUUGGCCAUGCCGAGCCAAGUAAGCAACUCGAGCUUCUGCACCUUUACGGCGCUUCUUCUUCUUCAUCUUCAUCUUCAUCUUCUUCUUCUUACCCCGUUUUUCAGCUUCAAUCUCCACUGCUACAAAACCCCAGGUGGUGUUUUCUGAAUCUUGAUCAUAGGUCUAUUGAGGAUAGUUGUUACGAUCUAACCAUGACUGCUGGAAAAUCUGAGAAUCUCAAAAUGUUGGAACCCGGUAAGCCUCCGCCAAAAAAGAGAGCAAGGAAGGGGCGAAGUCGGGGAAAAUCCACCGAGGUAAUGGACCAUCAUAUAUGGAAAGAAUUUCCAGAAGACCUGUUUGAAACUGUUGUGGCGAGGCUUCCUAUUGCCACAUUCUUCCGCUUUCGAUCAGUCUGCCGAAAGUGGAAUUCGAUGCUUAAUUCGCAGAGUUUCUCCCAGCAAUGCGCUGAAGUUCUGCGACUGCAUCCCUGGUUUUACACUCUCACUCGGGGAAACGUGAAUACCGGAGCCAUGUAUGACCCGGUGUCGAAGAAAUGGCAUCACCCCAUCAUUCCCGCUUUCCUGAACAAGUUAAUAGUCUUGCCGGUGGCUUCGGCCGGGGGCCUCGUCUGCUUUCUGGAUUUCAGGCGUAGGAGCUUCUACGUGUGUAACCCGCUCACCAAGUCUUGUAGGGAGUUGCCGUCGUCGAGGCCGGUGAAGGUGUGGUCCCGCAUGGCAGUCGGGAUGAGCAUGAACGAGAAAUCCCGAGGGGGUGGUUACAAGAUCCUGUGGGUGAACUGCGACGGGGAGUACGAAGUGUACGACUCGAGAGACGACCGUUGGAGUCCGGGCAGCGUGUCGUCGAACAUCAAGCUCCCGCUGGCGCUCCCGCUCGCGCUGAACUGCGAAUCCCAGACGGUCGCCCUCGGGAGCACGCUCUACUUCAUGCAUUCGGACCCGGACGGGAUCCUGUCCUACGACAUGGAUACCGGGGAGUGGAAGCAGUACGUAAUCCCGGUGCCCCUCCAUCUGAGCGACCACAUGCUGGCGGAGUGCGGGGGGCGGAUCAUACUCGUGGGGCUGCUGACGAAGAACGCGGCUGCUUGCGUGUGCAUUUGGGAGCUGCAGAAGAUGAUGCUGUUGUGGAAGGAGGUUGACAGAAUGCCAAAUGUAUGGUGCUUGGAGUUUUACGGGAAACAGGUUGGAAUGUCGUGUUUGGGUAACAAAGGUUUGCUUAUGUUGUCGCUGAGGUCUAGGCAAAUGAACCGCUUGGUAACCUACGAUUUCUCGACCAAGGAAUGGGUGAAGGUCCCUGGUUGCGUGGUGCCGCCGGGGAGAAAGAGGCAAUGGGUUGCUUCUGGCACUGCAUUUUAUCCAUCUUUUACAGCUCUGCCUUAACUAAUACCAUUGCCCUGUUUCCUUUUGUUUUUUCUU